UUACGCCACUAGAGGGCAGUAGCAGUAUUGAUUUUUAAGCAACUGUGGCAGCUCCUGCUACUGAAAGCUGUGGUCAAUAAAGUUUUUUUUUUUUUUUAAUAUAGCUGACUGUGGUAAGAAAACCUGCCGCUAGAAGUGCCAAAACGACUUGCUGCUGCUACAAUACGAGCCUGCUGGCCGUGUCACAUGAUGAAACCAAGCUGAGUAGCCACUGAGCUAAUAUGCUAGCUGGUGUUGUCAAAGCUGCUGUGAGGAACCACGAAUCGAGGGAAAGCAGUUUACCCCCACUCUGAUAAGCAGUCACGAGGACGACGAGUCCCUCACAAAGCGCUGUGAAGACAAAAAAAAAAUAAAGCAGGGACUUCUGUCAUGCUCAAGAUUUCAAGCCUUUAAAGUCCCAGGAGAUCUUAAACCUUUCAGACCUGAUCAGAAGAGGCAUUCGUCCGCCGGGGGCAGAGACAUCUGCAGACUGAGGCGGUGGGCUCACACAAUGGAACAGCCAUAAACCAUCACAGGUGCAUGUUGGUUUCGUAAUGACAAGCUGCUGUGCAGAAGAUGUCCACGCUGUCGGUGACUGAUAUCCCAGAUGUUGGUCAUGAGGAGAGGAAGGUGUUUGAUGGGACGCCUGAGCUGCAGCUGGACUGCAUGGUUGAGGAGAGCAGUGGCAGCAUGAGCAUGAAGCCCGAUGACCUCCAGUCACUGACUGAGCUCUCCCAGCCGGAUGACUUCCCUGCUCAGAACGGCCCGUCAAAAAUGAGCAGCGCCCUGCCGGUGGAGCCAAACGAUAUCAAGCUGGAUCCAGCUGCAGGAGACACUUCUGUCACUAUAGAUGGUCAGCCCGUGAAGAGGAAGAAGGGCCCUGCUCCAAAGAUGCUUGGAAACGAGGUGUGCAGCGUCUGCGGUGACAAGGCCUCAGGUUUCCACUACAACGUGCUGAGCUGCGAGGGCUGCAAGGGCUUCUUUCGGCGCAGCGUCAUCAAAAGCGCCCAGUACUCCUGCAAGAACAACGGCCGCUGUGAAAUGGACAUGUACAUGCGCCGCAAGUGCCAGCAGUGCCGCCUGCGCAAGUGUCGGGAGGCCGGCAUGCUGGAGCAGUGUGUGCUUUCCGAAGAACAAAUCCGACUGAAAAAGAUGAAAAAGCAGCAUGAUGAGGAAACGGCCCGCACGUCCACGGUGGUCACCCCCACGCCGCCACAGGAGGCAGCAGCCCUCGAUCCCCAGCAACAGGAGAUGAUUGAGAAGCUGGUGGCCAUGCAGAAGCAGUGCAACAAACGGUCUUUCCUGGAUCGGCCGAAAGUGACGCCUUGGCCACAAAGUCAGGACCCCCAAAACCGAGAUGUGCGCCAACAGAGGUUUGCCCACUUCACUGAGCUCGCCAUCAUGUCAGUCCAAGAGAUUGUGGAUUUUGCGAAGCAGCUCCCUGGUUUCCUGGAACUCACGAGAGAAGAUCAGAUCGCUCUGCUAAAGACGUCGACUAUAGAGAUUAUGCUGCUGGAAACGUCGCGGAGAUACAAUCCUGCAAUCGAGAGCAUUACUUUUCUGAAGGACUUUAGUUAUAAUAAGGAGGACUUUGCAAAAGCAGGACUGCAGUUUGAGUUCAUAAACCCUAUAUUUGAGUUUUCAAAAGGAAUGAACGACCUGCACCUCGAUGAGGCUGAAUAUGCCCUGCUGAUUGCUAUCAACAUCUUUUCUGCAGACCGGCCAAAUGUGCAGGAUCACGACCUGGUCGAGAGACUGCAGCAGCCGUAUGUGGACGCCCUGCGCUCUUACAUUAUGAUAAAGAGACCAAAUGAUCACUUGAUGUUUCCCCGUAUGCUAAUGAAACUGGUGAGCCUUCGCACAUUAAGUAGCGUUCACUCGGAGCAGGUUUUUGCCCUUCGCCUUCAGGACAAGAAGCUUCCCCCUCUGCUGUCUGAAAUCUGGGACGUCAAUGAGUGACUGCAGACCUGAUAGCCCCGUCUGUGACUUGAUGAACCCCGACAUGGACAUCCCACCCAGCCAGCACACUACUGACUCAUUCUAGUUGAGGGUCGGUCGUUGAUUUGAGGUUUUGUUUUUGUUCUUCCCCGAGGGAGAAGAGCAUCUUUACCUCCUGGAUCUCUAAGAGAUUUUCCACAUGACUUUUGUGUUUGGGAUAAACUGAAGAAAAUGUGACCGUCUGGCUUUUCCACCUGCUCCCCCUUGAUUUAGAAACUGUUCUGUACCCUUCCUGUCAUGAUUAAAAUCAGGAAUCACUGAGCAGGUCUUGGCUAUGACUGUCACAAACAGCAUCAGAAAGUCACUUCAAAGGAUCGGUUACUGCAGUCGUGCAAUACUUGGAGGUGGAUUCUGGGUGAAUUCAAACAGACUCUUUCUUAUCUGCUGCUGGCUUGUGUGUGUUUGGAGUUGGAUUUUUAGAGCAUCACUCUGACUAAUAAUCUUACCUUUUUGGCUUUUUUUUGGUGAUGGUUUAUUGAGAUUUUAGAAAUACACCACAAAGAAAAUAAACCCAAACUUCUCCUUAUAUCAAUAGUUUUAAACCUUCAUAAGUUCCAUGAAGCAGAUAGAAUGAAUGACCGCGUGAAUGUGCGUUCUUCAUCCAUCUCCUUCUGGUGGAUGAGAUGGACCGAAGCCUUGACACCAGCAUGUUGCAUUGCUCAUUAAUGCAGUAGAUAUAACUUAGCCAUUUUUAUUUUUAUUUUUUUCCCAAAGGAACAUCAUUUAUUCUCCACUGUGACUCUUAAGUCACUAAAUCUAUUUAGCAGCGUUCUGUUUAGAAUAAAAAACAUUUUCCAUUUGAAAUCCUAAAUCUGCUGCCAGCCCCAAAAUCACACAACUCCCCCCAAAAAA